UUUUAUUAAUGAAAUAAUUUUCAGCUUUCAGAAAGAUUUCUUGCUUGAAGAUAAAGAGCAACUUACUAACCACAGAAGAGGAGUUGAUACUAAGCUCUUAAUUGUACUUCCUAAAGUUGCAGAAUUAAGAAAAAUCUUUGAGCCAAAGAGAAAAGAAUUUUUAGAAAUGAAAAGAAAAGAAAGAAUUGCCAGGCGCUUGGAAGGAAUUGAAAGUGAUGCCCAACCUAUCCUCUUGCAGAGCUGCACAGGGUUAGUCACUCAUCGCCUGCUGGAAGAAGACACUCCCAGAUACAUGCGAGCCACGGACCCAGCCAGCCCCCACAUUGGCCGAUCAAAUGAAGAGGAAGACACUUCCGAUUCUUCUUUAGAGAAGCAGACUCAGUCCAAGCAUUGCACAGAAACUUCAGGCAUCCAUGGUGACUCAUCCUGUGGUUCAGGUACCAUGGACACCCAGGGGCUUGAAUCCAAGGCUGAAAGGAUUGCGAGGUACAAAGCAGAGAGGAGACGGCAGCUGGCAGAAAAAUAUGGGCUCACUCUGGAUUCUGAAGCUGACUCUGAAUCUCCAGCUCGAUAUGCCAAGUCCAGGAAAGAUCCCGAUGCAGUAGAGAAAAGGGGAGGAAAAAGUGACAAAUGGGAAGAGUCAAGCAAAGAUUCGAGUUCUCCAUACCCUAGGACUGAGAUCAUGGGGUUCAGGACCUAUGUGGCUGAAUCCAAGGACUAUGGCCUCCACGGGAGUGAUGGUGUUUCCCACACAGAGGUGCUGCUUAAUGUGGAGAACCAAAGACGAGAUCGAGAGCGGAGCACCCCCGAGCAAGCCCAGGAUCCGCCCCCAAAGGUGGAGAGUUCGUCUUCCUUCCCACUCUCUGCAGGAGACUGCUCCUUCAGUGAUGUGCCAAGGUCCCCAAAGCAAAUGCCUACCAUGUCCCACUCCUCUCCUCGACAGUCAAGCCUCUCUGCUGGUGACCCAUCAUUCCCCACUGAGGCAAGAUCCAGGUAAGUGUUCAGCCUGGGCGGGCUGGUUCGCACAGGGAAGGGGCCAUCUCCCCUCUGCUGUCUGGGUGCUGGAGUAUGAGUGUUCUGGUCAUUCAGUGCAGGGCUUGGCUCACUGGAGAAAUAAUAUGGGAUAUGAUUUUUACAUUUCCAUAAUAUAAAAACAGCUUCUACCAAAGCAGGAAAUCUUGUAUUCUUUUUGUCAUGUUCAUUUUUUAUGUAUCUUCUUUUUCAAAAAUAAUCAGCUGGACAGGUGUCAUGGGAGAUGUUCAUGGAAGCCUCACUGCAUGGAGGCUCACUGUAAGACCUCAAGAAAGGUCUUGACCUUUCUUCCACUGUUUCUCACCUGCCUUUAAUAUUUGCCUUUUUCUUUCUUGGUUUUUCUGAAAUCAUACCCAAGACUUAGUGGUUGCUUCUCUGAAUGGAACUCACUACUUCAAGUCCUAUAGCUGCUUUUUCCUAAACAUCAACUAUGACUUACCUAAUUUCCUUCUAGUGAUCUACAAAACCCUUGAUCAUUUUUUUUUUUUUUUUUAGCAAUACCAGUACCAUCCCUACUUCUCCUCCCACUUAGCAAAUUAUAUCAUUAGUGGUCACAAAAUGAUGAUGGCCAUCAUGUAGAACUGAUGCUGAAAGUUGACUUGAUUCAGGGAGAGCUGUGACUGGUAAUGAUGGUUUUGGGAGAGCCCCUGUGACAGAGAUCUGGGGGAUUGGCUCAGAAGGCUAAAUAUAUCAAGGCACCCUCCAAAGUGAGCCUGUUCUGCAAAACUGUAACAUGAAACUAUAGUCAACUCAGAAGGAAAAGGAUCAUGCUGUGCUUUUGUAGGUUGUUUUUUUUUUUUCUGAUUGCAUUUCUCACCUCCUAAUGACAGGAUGAGUCCUAAAAAUGUCUCUAGAGCUUCAACCUCUCAUGGUUUGAAUUAAAUGUUAACACUGAUAGAAAUAUCUAUAAGGAGUGAUGCUGACUCUGCUGGACUCUCAGCAUUCCUGUCUCAGCUCCUGUCUCCGUGAUAGACAGGCUCUCUAGCACAUGCUCCCAGUCAAGGCAGAGUGUUGUCAAAAACAAAGAUCUCUGAGAAUCCACACGCUAAAAAUAGAUACUUCUAGGUACCCCUCACAGAUUCAUUCUAGCAUUUGGAAUAGAAUUGUUCUAAUGUUUCAGUCCCUGAAAUGCCAAUCAUCUGCCCUCCCUACAAGCUUUUGCCUCUUAGUUUGUGGUUAACUAAUCCUCCCUGACCCCACCAUUUUUUUUCAUUCUGUUCUUACUGUCAAAUAUCAGUUUCUGUCCAUUGAAUUUAAUAUGAAGGUCACCCAAAAUAUUUGCUGUUAUAAAAAUCCAAAUGCAUGCGAGACUGUUAAUGCAUUGUUGCUUCUGUGCAUGUCCUUUGCCCAUUCAUACUUCUUUGCACAUAGGCAAAACAGUUAUUAACAGUUUUCCCAAAUAAGCAACUUUAAGCCAAUAAAAUAAAAAUAAUGAGAUGACACCCACAGGGUAAAACUGAUUUUCCUGUGCUGGAUUUCACUUUACUUUGGUAGCAGGAAGCACUUGUAGUCUGUUGGCACUUAAGGGUUAUGAGGAGUUAAAACAUAUUGUUAUUGUUAUAUUCAGGAAUAGAAACCAAGGGUAAUUCCUGUCCUCUAUUAAAAGGGUAAGCACUUAUUUCCUGGCAAUGUAAUUCUCUGCCAGCCAGUUGCCAUAUCAUAAAAAGUUCUGUUACACCCAAGGUCUCCAUCUCAUGGUGCACUCAUCCCUAGUGGCCCUAUAAUCCUUUCCCAGCAGAGGAAACUCCUCACCAUGGUCUCUACCUAAGACCCCACAAACCAGAUUCUCUGUGUUAAAUAACUUUGAAUUCUUAGGACCAGAAGGAAACUUGGAGAUUAUUUACUUCAAAAAUAUUUUUUAUCCAUGAGAAAAAAAAAAAAAACACCUAAAGAUUGAAGAAUUUAAGUAACUGGAUUAAGACUGUAACUACUUUGACAAAAGUGAGUUCAUUAUCCAUUCACCAUUCACUGACUCAAGUUCCCUAAAUCCAUCAGAGUUCUUUCCAUUUUACUUUACUCUUGCUAUUUGUGUAGCUUCCAUUUUCCAUCAUUGUGAAAGAGAGAGUUUGCUGCCUUUUUUUCCCUUUGAAGUUUAGAAAUUUUAGGAAGAUCGGAGGUAUUAUAGAAACAAUAUAUGUGAAUUUACAUAAGGUAUUUAAAAGCCUCAUCCUCACAAACAGAAGGUAUUUAAAAGCCCCAUCCUCACAAACAGAAUGAAAUCUUGUAAUCUAAGAGGAUAUAAACUCAGUAGGCAUCUGUCUACCCAUCCCUACUUCAUCAGUAUUUUAUGGGUCAAUUUCAGUUCUAAAGUAGUUUAAUCAUUCAAGAACACUACCUUGAGCCUUCUGUGUGCCAGACAUUGUGCUACUAGAUGGGUAUAUCAUUCAAAACAAACCAAAAAUUUGGGGGAAAUAACUACAACACAAUGGGCGGGGGAGGAGAAUUUCUAGAACCUGAGGUUGGCACAUGUCACAGAAAUCCGAAGAUAGAAGAUAGUGCGUUAAUUCUUCCCCCUUGGAGAAGUGGUCAUAGUUGAACUGCAUUCUUAAAGAUGUAGUGAACUGUCAGACAAAUACAGGAGCCUGGUCUAGGCAUGAAGGCACAGCCAUUCAAUGCAGACCUCGG